ACGAUCUACUCAGUUGCCUUCCUGCCGUUUUGCAUAAUAGACUAUACUCCUAAAUAGAUUUUGGAACUCGUUUCUUUCUAAACUCUCCGUUUAUUCAGUAUACAGGACAGGCCGAAUAUAAUAUCGUUUAAAUAUAAAAGUGAGAUAUUGUCCACUUAAAUUUCGAGAUCGGCCAAUUAGAUAAUCGGAAAUCGAACGGCCUUAUCUAUCCGUAAACACGAUUGGUGCUUUUUGUGAAUGAAAUGAAAGAGAUGAAAACAGAUAAAAUUAUUAACAGUUUACUUUCAACAUGGCCGGUAUCGAAUUACAAAAUGAGAAGCAAUACAGUACUCUCAGUCAACGUGCAAGAGCAUUUUCAGUCGAUGCAUUAUUGGGUCACGAUAAAAUAGAAAAUUCAUCUGGGAGAGAUGUGCAAAGUCGUGUUCCUGUAAAAGAUGUGAUACGAAACGAUAUUAAAAUGAAACUCGUAAAUUGUUCUUUGUGGUUACAAUUUCAUCGUCUUGAAAAUGAAAUGAUCAUCACCAAAGCCGGAAGGCGCAUAUUUCCUAGCCUGAAAUUUGAUGUUUUCAACUUGAAUCCAGAUGCUUAUUACUUAUUAUGGAUGGAUAUUGUGCCUGUAGAUCGACAUCGUUAUCGUUACGCAUUCCCAAAUUCCAGGUGGACGAUAGCAGGAAAAUGCGAAACUCAUUCGGAUUGGAAUUUGUAUAUUCAUCCUGACGGGGUAGCGCAAGGUAGCCACUGGAUGUCUCAGAGCGUGGCUUUCGAUAAAGUUAAAUUAACGAAUAACAAAGAAUGUAAACAGAAAGGACAGAUAGUUCUAAACUCCAUGCAUAAAUAUCAACCACGUCUCCAUAUCCAAUUAGUAGACGUUAGGAAUAGACAAAAUGCGGCGCCCAAUGCAAAGACUUCAAGACAUUUCGAAUUUAUAGAAACUUCAUUCAUAGCCGUUACCGCUUACCAGAACCAGCAGAUUACCACUCUGAAAAUCCGCUCUAAUCCAUUUGCGAAGGGUUUCAGAGAUGCCAUCAAAAUCAGGAAUGUACACCUAUCAUGUCCCGAUACAAAGAAUGAGGCUUCAUUUCAUCAUCCAACGGUCAGCAUUUUCCCAUCUGAGAACAUACUUGGGAUGAAUUCUAUUCCCAAUGAUACUUUACAAUGCAUACAGUAUCCUCACUAUGUUACCCUGUGCAGAUUUUGUAAUUACUAUGACAUUUCUACAGGGACGGAGAGAUAUUUAACGUCACCACAUCUAUCGCAUGCUUGUCAGAUGUACAUGCCAUGUAAGUGAAAUAUCACUGUGGAGAAAUGCAUAACAAGAUCUUUACUUAUCUCAAUGACAUUAAGUAUGGCAAAGAAAACAACUUUUUUUUAUAGAUCAGCUUCUAUUUAAAACGAACAUUUUAAUUAAAUUGUACGUAACAAUUGGUAAAUGUGAAAUUGUUAUGAUUAAAUAAUUAUGAAAGAAAACUCAAAAUAUUUCAAUUUGCAUUUUAUUGAAAUUUAUAACAAGCUUUCUCAUAUUUAAACAGAAUAUAAAAAUCUAACUGCAUGACAAAAGCCACAAAAUAUACAAAUAAGAAUUUCUGUACAUCUUUAAGCCAAAAAACACAUUAACCUUAACAACUAUUGUCAACAAUUUGGAAACAUUUAUGUGUUUUUAUAUACACCUAAAUAUUGCAAGUUCUUUCUCAAAUACAGGAAAUUUAUUAAUUUUUCAGUUAAACACUAAGCAGGAUUUAAAAAAAAAUUUUAUAUAUUUUUCAUAUUUAUCUAUAUAUAUAUAAAAAUUUCCAUAUCCAAUAACUAACUACAUAUACAGAAAACUAUCUUUUGAAGUAAUCUACAAGAUUGUUAGAUUGUCUACCAUCCUUAUUUUACAAGAUUUUGUUGUUCACUCUCAACAAUUUUACAAAUACUUGAA